UGAUCCCUGCAUGCCGGCGACUCCCUGCGGCGAUGGUCCAGUUCGUGUGAUGGUGCAACGCAACUGCAUUCCUGAACGACUUACGCAAGUCGGCUUCAAGAUCAAAGUGCCAGGAGGGAGCAUCUACUUCGCUCCAUCCCCCGACGUGGUCAUCCAGCCGCCCGCGAUCCUCCUCCGACCACCGCGACAGCCGCCCAUCACGCCCCCAGCGAUAACCGUUCAACCCCCGCCAAUGCUUCCCCUAACCCCACGGCCGAUUGUGGUCAGGCCUCCUCCACUACCAUGUAUAACUCCGCCUCCAGUUCUGGCCAGGCCUAAUCCCUUACCACCUAUCCAGCCCGCAGCUGUAGUGGUCAGGCCUCCGAAACCAGCUCCUAUUCAGCCCCCACCGGUUACUGUUACCCAGCCAACUCCUCAGCCGUUGAAUCCACCUCCAAUUAUGGUCAGGCAGAGGUUACUCCCCAAUUUACAAGGACCGACGAUCUGUGUGUCAACUUCAGCCAUCCAGGGUGGAAGGCAACCCAUUCUCCCACCCUGUGUGCCCCCUUGUCUACCACCCUGUGUGCCUCCCUGUCUGGCCCCCUGUCUGCCACCCUGUCUGCCCCCUUGUUCGCCCUGCCUUCCACCCUGCCCUGAACCUUGUAUGGCCUACUAACUCACACAGAUAGAAGUUGCUAAUUAGAAUUAGACCAUCUUGGUGGGUAUUAUAUUUGUAAGUUUUAUUUACGUAAGUUGUAAUGUAAGCCGUGACUAUAACUACGAAGUUACGCUAACAAAUUCUCAGUUAGUCACUUGAAUAAAACUUGCGAAUAUAAGAACUGCCUAAAAUAAGACCUAUAAGAGAAACCGCCUUCCUAAUAACACAUCCGCCAUUUACAACUUUGUCUUGCUUCAUAUGACGAAUGUCUAAACGUAAACUAAAUAAAUAACGAUGUAUAGAACUUUGCUGUUUACUAGGAAGAUUUGGAAACUUGUAUAAAGAAGAUAUAACUUGAUAAAACCUCGAUAAGUAGUAUAAAUAUGAUGUCGAUGAACAGUGGCGGUCCUAAACGACGCCAAGCUCCAAGCGAAAGCAAAAAGAAACAGACGCGAGGCCCGGGCAGAGUAAAACACGAUUCCCCUGUUUUAACAGUUUCGACGGUAAGAACGUAAAAAAGGUCCUGCGAGGCACCACGCGAGGCCUCUAUAAGCGCGAAGCCACGGGCGGUUUCCCGGUUCGCCUCCCCCAAAGGCCGCCUCUGUCGAUCAACAUUCCUUGUGUGGUCAGCAUGCGUAACUCACUGUACGUACAUUCGUUAAAUACGAGGAAUAACGACCUAAACGUUUACCAUAUGGUUC